AUGCAAGAGAAGAGGUAUAUACAUUGCGAUGCUCAAGGGAUAUUGAACUCUAUCCAGACCCAUGGAAUUACAAAAGAGGAGAUUGAUAUAGUGCAAAAGCUUGAGGUGGACGAGAUGGUCUACAUAUACAAGCAGAUGAUGAAGAUCAGACUUACAGAUGAGAUAAUGGACAGGGAGUACAAAGAAAAGAGCAUUAGAGGCUUUUGCCACCUCUCGAUUGGACAGGAAGGAAUAUACGCAGCUCUUGAACAUGAAUUGGACGGGGAUAUGGUUAUAUCUUCGUAUAGAUGCCACGGGCUUGCAUAUGUUACCGGGUGCAAGACCUUAGAGAUUCUGGGAGAAGUCCUCGGAAAGCAAGCCGGGGUGUGCAAAGGCAAAGGUGGGUCUAUGCAUUUAUACAACCGGAACUUCUUUGGAGGACAUGGAAUUGUUGGUGCACAAGUUCCUCUUGGAUUGGGGAUCUCAUAUGCACUGAAGUAUAAAGGAAGGCUACUUCAGGAUAGAGAUCAAGGAAACAGGGUUUGCUAUGCUUUCUAUGGAGACGGGGCAGCGAAUCAAGGACAGGUAUGGGAAAGCUUUAAUAUGGCAAUGAUUUGGAGGCUUCCUAUAGUCUUUGUCUGUGAAAACAACAGAUAUGGAAUGUGGACUUCUGCAGAGAGUAUUAGUACAGAUACGAACUUCUAUCUCCGAGGAGGGACCAUGCCCGGGAUUCGAAUUGCACACAACAACAUAUUUGGGUUGAUAUCUGUUUUAAGGUAUGCCAGAAGGUACUCGUCUGAGAAAGGCCCGAUCAUUGUACAGAUCGACACAUAUAGACUCUGCACACACUCCACAGCAGAUGAGAGAGAGUCUUACCGAGCCAAGGGAGAAAUAGACAAUGAAAGGAAAAACGAUUGUAUGGAGGAUACAAGAAAUCGUCUUCUUGCAUUCUGUUCUAGGGAGGAGAUCGAUGCCAUAAAAGACAGAGUUCUUGAAGAGGUAGAAAGAGAUGUAGACACUGCAAAGAAGAGCAAGCCCACAGAAGAAAGCGAGCUAUUCAAGGACAUUCUCUUGUAG